GGGGGGGGGCUACGCGCCGCUCCCCCUCGCUCCAGUCGCGUCACGUGACGCGCGCGGCCCGCUCGCUUGUGCCGAGUAGUGGCGGUGGGAACGCUGCCGCGCACCGCGAACUCUCUCACCCAGCUACCGCUGCGCACUCUUCGCCGCAGCUCCCCCUCUGUAUGGGCACCGCCAGCUGCAGAUCCCUUGGGAGCUGCGCUACACGAUGAGGCCAGGGACACCCAGGCCUUGACGGAGCCCACGUUUUGCCUAGCGUGACCGCCUGGGGUCCGCGGCGCCAGAGCCGUUUUGAGGGCCGCGGAGCCGGACCCGACCGCUCUUGUCCACGCCAUCUCACCACUCUCCCUUCAACAACCUCUCAUCCCCCUCUCAUCAACCCCCCACCAGCCCUCUUCCUACCCCUUUACCACCAACCUCGGCAGCACUCGACGGGCCUCCAAUGAGCACAAAACAGACGAAGAACGGGGCAGCUCGGGGCCUCCCACCGGCGGUGAGGAAACAAGAUGCCGAGUCGAAGCGGCGCCGCAAGCUGGUCGAAGUGCGUAAGGCGCUGGCGUGCGAUCCCGUCGACGUGGCCGCCCUGCGCCGCUCGGCCAUCAGCGAGGGUGGCCUUCUCACCAACGAGCUGCGUCGCGACGUGUGGCCCAAACUGCUCUCCAUCGACGCCCACGCAUUGCCCCUCACGCCAGGCAAGGACCUACGUGAGAACAACAAGGACUACAACCAGGUCUUGCUGGACGUGCGGAGAUCUCUGCGCAGGUUCCCUGCAGGUAUGCAGGACGACCAGCGAGCCGUGCUGCAAGAGCAGCUCAUCGACGUUAUUCUGCACGUUCUGCGCCGCAAUCCGCAGCUGCACUAUUACCAGGGCUACCAUGACAUCGUGGUCACCUUCCUGCUGGUGGUGGGCGAUCACAUGGCCACCGCCAUGGUGGACAAGCUCUCCACGCACCACUUGCGAGACUUCAUGGACCCGACUAUGGACAGCACCAAGCACAUUCUCAACUACCUGAUGCCCAUUCUUGAGAGGGUGAACCCAGAGCUGCACGACUUCAUGCAAAGCGCAGAGGUGGGCACCAUAUUUGCGCUGAGUUGGCUCAUCACUUGGUACGGCCAUGUGCUCUCCGACUUCCGCCACGUCGUGCGGCUCUACGACUUCUUCCUCGCCUGCCACCCACUCAUGCCCAUCUACUUUGCCGCCGUGAUAGUGUUGCACCGAGAAGAGGAGGUGCUGGCGAGUGACUGCGACAUGCCCAGUGUACACCACCUGCUCUCACAGAUUCCACAAGACCUCCCGUAUGAGACUCUGAUCUCCCGUGCCGGUGACCUCUUUGUUCAGUUUCCACCAUCAGAACUGGCCAAGGAGGCAUCACUGCAGUUCCACCAGAGCACUGCCAUUUCCACGUUUAAGGACUUUGAGCUAGCCUCCACGCAGCAGCGGCCGGACAAUGUGCUGCGCCAUCGCAGGGCUGCGGCGUCACCUGCGGGGGGAGCGGAGGGGGGGGGCACGGGCCCCGUGGCCGACGUUGUCCAGGGCCCGAGUCGCAUGCUCAAGCUGGCCGUGUGGGGUCUCACAGCCACGCUGGGUGCUGCCGCCAUCGCCGCGGUGAACACCGCGCUGGAGUGGGUCCCGGAAUUUGUGCUGCGGCUCUUCCCAUGACCCGCGACUUGAAGCACGUCGUGCCAGAUCCGAUCCGUUUUAUGAUUGGACGUUUACGACGAAUGUGGUUGUAUUUGGAAAUGAGGCAGGUCACUGGCAUCAAGUCUGUCGGCGGCACCACUGGUAAUUGGAUAAUGCGCAGAGCGACUCAUGAGCUGGAGCAUUUACAAUAGGAUUCACCUGUGGAAUGCAGACUUGGAGAAUGAUGCUGAUAACGGUGCUUCAUCACCACACCCUGAACCACGACUUUCAGAAUCAGAAUUUUGAUUUAUACUGGAGGAAUGCAAUGACCUAUGAAGCUCUUUUUUCACUUGGCAGCAAGAUGAAAAUGCUGAACUGAGUGUAUAAAGCCAGUCUUGGAUUAGUCACCUUUGUCUUAAGACAUUCCCCUUCUUGAUGCAGACUAUGUUUUGGAUAACGUAGUCUCAUCACUCAAAUAUAAAAGUUCAUAUUAAAGGGAAAAAAAUAUCUAAUUCCUUCCCGUCUUGAAUGUAUUCCAUGUAUACUGUAAGUCUUUUACAUUAUCUAUCCAUGGUUUGAAGGAUGCCUUUUUUAUGAAGGAACUCAUCCAGCUAUCAUUUUAUAAAUGAUCCAAUGGAUCGUGCCUCUUUAAGUUGCAGUGGCUAGUACGCUGCUCAUUGCCCUCAAGCCAAUUCUUUAUUAAAGUAAUUAUCUUCUAAAGGAUAGAUUUUAUUCUCACAUGGUCUCUUUUUUCCCACUCAAUAAAUGGCACGUGCAUCCCCUCGUGCUUUUACAAAUCAUUCCGUUGUAAAGCGAGUGCACUUGAUGGCGCGUUUUGAGAAUAUUCUAAAGUAGAGAAUUCUGCAUGCACAGCACAAGGGCAAUUCCAAUUUAAAAAACUAAUGAAAUGCUGUACUGUGCAGUAACUGCUAAAAUCUUUGAGGAAUUGUUUUUAAUGUAGCCACCACCUUAGAUUGCCAUCUUUAGCCUUUGGAUAACAAGUUCCUGGAUUACUGCAGACAGUUCUUAGAAAUAGUUUGCUGCGGCAUGUAUACUUAUUAUGGCCAACGGGCAUUUUUCACAAAUGUGAUGCCUCUUGUUCUUUCACAUCCACUCAUCUGCACUCUGCUAUGGCAACUCUGAAAUGGGCAGGAGGGUGGUGGCGCAUUGGUAACACUCAUGCCUCACAGCAAUGGCUCGGGAUUUGAUUCCCUACUCGGGUGCCUUGCCAUAUGGCGUUUGUUCUCCCCCUAUUCUGCAUGGGUUUCCUCCCAUAGCUAUAAUUACAUACAAUGUAACUAGGUUGCCCAAACAUCUCAAUGCUGGAAAAUACCUGAAAA